ACCCCUGUAUAUGUAAUAUGGUACAGUCCAAGAAACUGAAGCGUUAGCGGGAAGCGGUUUUCUGUUCGAAAUCCCGAGUGUUUACAAAACAGAUUUACAAGCUACAAUUUUUUCCUAAUGAGUGCCAAAAAGGGCAGAAGAGCCAAAGUGCUCAAAGUGCCACAAGAUGAGAAUCCAAAAGAUUCAUCUCUAGAUAAUGUGGAUUCUCCCGAUCUGUCUGCCAUAGAGAAAGUUAGUUUUCUGGAGGGACUACAGCUUAAUUAUGGUAACCCUCUGCAUAGUACCGCCAUGGAGGAAGAUCUAAAUCAGUUAGAAGACGGACCAGCGAACAAAGAAAAAGCUGGGAGGACGGACAUUCCUCAGACGUUGAAGACUGCUGUUAAACAGCGUGGCAGCGCUGUAAAGAGGAAGGAGACCGAGAGGGAUGAGGAAGAGGAGGAAAAGAAGAAGAGGAGAAGAAAGUUAAAGACAGGCAAAGUCCAAGCCAGCCUUGAGAAGGCAGGAGAAGCAAAGAAAAAGAACAAAACGCCUCAGGGAGAAAGAGCAAAGUUGGAUGUGGAGAGGAAGGAGUCAGACCAAAGUCCCAUCCUCCAGGAAGACCAGCAGGCCACCCAACCAGCUGGCAGACUCAAACAUUUGGUUGUGAAGAAACCGAAAAGAAAAGAAAAGAGUGCUGGAUGGACGUCUGCAGUGAGGCAAAGGAAAAAUCAGCACAUGAAGAACGGAAAGAAGACAGAGAGUGAAUCAGGAAGUGGAAAGUCCAGUGACUCUCUCUCACACGAGGAAUCUGACCCUGGCACUACAAAGCGUGGACGGAAGUACAUUCUGUCGUCUGAUGAGGAGGUGGUGGACGAGGACAUCAGUUGGAACCCGAGUCCAAAGAAAGCCAAGGUGCGUAGUUUGGACAGAAUAAGACAGUCUUCAUCCGACACAGCAAAAUCUAGAAAGCUUUCAUCAGGCAGUGCAUCUGCAAAAGCAGAAAAGACCAACACCGAUAAACAGAGGAGAAAGAGACGUGGUCGUCAGGGAGGAACAGAGUUAGAGGUGCUGCUGGAUGCUUUCCUGGACUUUUGUGAGCAGUACAGAGAAUCUGUGGAGUCUAAAGCAGUCAAACAGUCCAUUUAUUAUUUCUCCUCCAAUGUGAAAGAGCAACUCUUGGAGAAGAUCUCUUCUUACAAGGAAAUCAGGGCUCUGAAAAGAGAAAAUGCGAAGGUGGGUUCUUUGAUCCGUACAAAGACACAGAGACUGCUGGAUGCCAAAUAUGAGCUAAUGAGGGCAGAGAAACAGCAAUGGUUGCUGCAGAAGGAGAAAGCUGAACUUGAACUCAGACUGGCUGAUCUGAGACAAAGUCAGGCCUUCCUGCAUGACAUCAGCGAGCUCAACAGACAAUACUUGGGCUUCCGACACAAACAUCCCAAAGAGAAAGAGACGUAUGGUGCAUCCAGCCUGGCGGCUCUGCUCUGGGAAACCAAGCAUAUUCAUUCAACAGACCAUCAGCUGAGAGAUAUCAAUAACAGACUGGAAAAAAGACUGAGGGAGACUGAGACUUUGAAAUAAUGUGCUUCACACAGAUUAAAGGUUGUCCAAGAGUGCCCACUAUAAGCAAUGCUAAGGCUGCUGGAAAUUCUUAAUACGGUCCUUAAUACAGAAAGCUGCUUGACAUUUUGGAUUGGAUGUUGUGGUUCAUACUUUAUUGUGUAUACUCACCAAAUGUAUAAUAAAUGCAAAAAACAUAA